CAAGGGUGAUACUUGUCUAGUUUUAUUUAUUUAAUAAAAAAAAUAUGGAAAAUUUGUAAAAUGUGAGAAAAUGGCAACGAAAAAUGACUCACCAGAAGCAACUUUUGACGAAUCCACGGGAAGCACAGAUCAAAGUUAUUGGUCCAUCGAAUAUUUUCAAGUUAAUGAGGAAUAUUCGUUCAUUACAAAAGAUGUAAGUGAGGAUUUUGGUGGAAUUGAUACGAGAUAUUACGUUGUGAGUAAUGAAGGGAAUGCAGAUGGAGGACAGCAAAUUAAUGGCAUCAUCGAAAAGCGCAACGCUCGAGAACGUAAACGAGUAAAAGCCGUCAACGAAGCCUUCGCCAAACUCCGUCAAAUGAUCCCAUCCGUGGCAAAUCGCAACAAACGCGUCUCCAAGGUCAAAACACUCCAAAAAGCCCUCCAAUACAUCUCGCAACUGCGUCGCACACUCGAAAACGACGAAAAUCGAAUUCCCGCCCGCAGUCAAAACAACUUUUGAUCCGAAAUCCGAAUACCAAAGUUUAAUAACCAAAGAAGAGUCUUGUUGUAACGUCGAAUAA